AUGGUGACAGUCAAGCCUGAAAAUGGAGGAAAAAAUCACACCACUGUGACUUUCUUUGUUCUCCUGGGACUCAUAAAAGACAAAAAACUGCAACUUGUUCUUUUCCCCAUCUUCCUUGUGACCUACCUAGUGACCCUUAUCUGGAACCUGGGUCUAAUCAUGUUAAUCAGGCUGGACUCCCAACUGCAAACUCCAAUGUACUUUUUUCUCAGCUCCUUGUCUUUUAUGGACACCUGCUAUUCUACAUCAAUCAACCCUAAAAUGCUUUACGACUUCUUCAAAGAUGAGAAGACAAUUUCCUUCUUUGCUUGUGCCACCCAGUAUUUUGUUGGUGCUUCAAUGGCUCAGGGCGAGUGUUUCAUCUUGGCCGCCAUGGCCUAUGACAGAUAUGUAGCUAUUGGGAAACCUCUGCAGUAUUCAACCAUCAUGUCACCUGGGCUCUGUUGGAAGAUGGUUUUAUAUGCCUAUGGCAGUGGCAUCCUUUGUAGCUUAGCUGAAACAGUUUCUACCUUUAAUCUUUACUACUGUGGAUCCAAUAUCAUUCCACAUUUUUUCUGUAACAUGUCUGAGAUUGUCGCCUUAGCUUGCUCCAGUCCAUUCUUCAGUAAUAUCAUUAUUUUUUUGGUAGCUAUUUUUGUUGGCUUUGGCUCUUUGAUUAUUAUCAUUUUAUCCUAUGGUUUUAUUGCAGCUUCCAUUCGGAAAAUGUCUCCUGGCAAAGGUAGUUCCAAGGCCUUCAAUACCUGUGCCUCCCAUCUGACAGUUGUGAUUCUGUACUAUGGAACAGGUCUCGCAGUGUACUUACACCCUAAUUCAGGCCACUCUAGGACACAGGACAAGAUAAUGUCCUUGUUCUAUGUUCUCCUCAUCCCCAUGUUAAAUCCUGCUAUCUAUAGUCUGAGGAACAAGGAGAUCAAAGAGUCCCUCAAGAAAGUAAUAAAGAGGGCUGCACAAAAAUUUCACUAA